AUGGGCAGACUAUCCUGGAUCAAGAAGAUUCGGCUCAAGAGCUUUCCUUCGUCCAAACGGAUCAGCAAGAUCUUUGUAGAACAAGGCGCCAUGGCCAGUUCGGUUUCCUUCGAGUCGGAAGGUGAAGAAGAAGAAGAAGAAGAGCCCAAGAAGGAGCAUAUCCCGGAUCCUCACCCUAUUCUCGCCUUGGGUCACAUGUAUUCUCCUUCUCGCAUCUUGUUGGUGGCCGUCGAACUGGAACUGUUCACCAUCCUCGCGGCUCAAGGGGAAAUGACCCGAUUGGAAAUUCAAGACGCCUUGGGCUUGCAUCCGGGCGCCACCGCGGAUUUUAUCGAUGCUCUGGUGGCCCUUGGAAUGCUGCAGAAAUACAAGGACGGACAACAACAACAAGUCGUCAAGUAUCAAAACACGCCGGAAACGGGCUUGUUCCUAGACAAGGCCAGAAAGCAGACGUAUGUGGGAGAAGCCUUGGAAGAGUGCAGCCGCAAACAUUACCUAGCAUGGGAUGAUCAUGGGAAUUUUCUCAAGGACAAAUCACGCGAAGUGGAGGCUGUCAGAGAUGUCAUCAAGGCGUGCAGCACAGACGCCAUGCGAAAGCUUGUAAAGGCACUCCAAUUCGAUUCCUCAUCAUUCCAGCCCGAAGAAAAGCAUCUCAGGGCGGACGCCAUUUUCGAGCUGGGCUUUGGAUUUUGGAAAUCCAGACUCUUGCUCACUGCCGUUGAAUGGCGCUUGUUCAGUCAUAUCGCUUCGUCCAAAAAUGAAGCUCUGUCCGUCGAACAUGUACAAAGCUUGUAUGGGAUAAGACAGGAAGUUGCCAAAGAGUUCUUGGAUUCCCUGGUGGAAGUAAAAAUGCUCGAGAAACGACGCACCAAAGAUGGCCUUGUCACGCAUUAUGCCAACACCAUCGACGGGGCCUUGUUUCUAGACUUUUUGAAACCCACCUAUCUGGGGGCAAGAAUGGAGUACUGCAGCGAAGAGCUCUAUCGGUAUUGGGGGAAACUGCCGGAAGCUCUCAAAACGGGAAAACAACAAACAGAUCUACCCCACAAGGGAGCCGAGGAUCGAUACCAAGUCUUGUAUCAAGACGAGGAGAGAACUUCCACUUAUGUUUAUACCAUGGCGUACGGAAUAGGACAUGGCAUGUACUCCAGUGCCGUGCGCAUUCUAGACUUUUCACGAUUUCAAACGGUGGUGGAUAUCGGUGGUUCUUCCGGACAAUUCGCCUGCUAUAUCGCCCAGAAGAAUCCACACAUCCAGUGUACAUCCACGGACCUCCCACAAGUGAAACCGAUUGCCGACCGCAUGAUCCCUGACUGGGAAUGCGAAGAUCAAGUGACAGCGAUUGCGUCGGAUUGUUUCAAAGAUCCCUUCCCAAAAGCCGAUUGCGUGUUGCUGGGCAUGAUACUCUCCGACUGGAAUUUAGAGAGAAAGAAACUUUUGAUUCAAAAGGCAUAUGAAGCCCUGCCAGCCAAAGGAGGAGCUCUGUAUGCGAUUGACAUCUUUGUGGAUGAAGAACGCCGUGAAAACUUUUUUGCCUUGGUUGGAUGUCUGCAAAGAUUUAUCGAUAUGGGUGCUGACGCUGGAAUCUCGUUCACUUUUUCCGACUAUAAGGGCUGGUGCUUGGAGGCCGGCUUUGUUCGCGUCGAGUGCGUUCACAUUUUGGGCCCUGUGUCUGCUGGAAUUGCUUAUAAAGAAUAG